CCCGAGCUUGCCCUACCCUGCGUGUCUGGCAUUGAGCUUUAAGCCGGCGGCCCAGCCUAGGACAAGGAUGGCGGUCUCUGCGCUCCAGCUGUGGCGUGCCGGCGGGCUGCCGUUCCUAAAGCUACGAAGAAACUUCCCAACUUGCUUGUCUUCUUGGAAAAUUCCUCAUGUCCUAAAAUCUUCGCAACCAGAAGCUCAACUCAGUAUAACAAAUAAUGCACUGCCCUUUGCACCUCUGCAGACAUUUUCUGAUGAGGAAAUGAUGAUGAAGAAAACAGUUAAAAAAUUUGCACAGGAACAAAUUGCUCCUCUGGUUUCAACUAUGGAUGAAAAUUCAAAGAUGGAGAAGUCAGUGAUACAAGGAUUAUUUCAACAAGGGCUGAUGGGCAUUGGAAUUGAUACAGAAUAUGGAGGAACAGGCGCUUCCUUUUUCUGCUCCGUCAUAGUGAUCGAAGAGCUAGCCAAGGUGGAUGCAUCUGUGGCUCUCCUGUGUGACAUCCAGAACACAAUAAUUAACACCCUGUUUAAAAAACUCGGUACAGAGGAACAGAAGGCUACCUAUUUGCCUAAACUGGCUACAGAAAAAUUAGGGAGCUUCUGUCUUUCUGAAGCUGGAGCUGGUAGCGACUCUUUUGCUUUGAAAACAAGAGCUGAUAAAAAUGGAAAUGACUAUAUCAUCAAUGGGUCCAAGAUGUGGAUCAGCAAUGCUGAAUACGCAGACAUCUUCCUGGUUUUUGCAAAUGUGGACCCCACCUCGGGAUACAGAGGCAUCACCUGCUUCUUAGUAGAUCGAGAUACAGAAGGUUUUCAUAUAGGGAAAACGGAAAACAAGAUGGGAAUCAGAGCUUCUUCCACCUGCCAGUUAACAUUUGAAAAUGUCAAGGUUCCAGAAUCCAGUGUUUUGGGGAAAGUUGGACAUGGUUAUAAGUAUGCCAUAGGAAGUCUUAAUGAAGGUAGAAUAGGAAUUGCUGCACAGAUGCUAGGACUGGCCCAAGGAUGUUUUGACUACACCAUUCCAUACAUUAAAGAAAGGAUACAGUUUGGCAAACGAGUAUUUGAUUUUCAGGGGCUCCAACACCAGGUGGCUCAGGUGGCCACCCAGCUGGAAGCCGCACGGUUACUAACAUACAACGCUGCUAGGCUCCUAGAAGCCGGAAAGCCAUUUACUAAAGAAGCAUCUAUGGCCAAGUAUUAUACAUCAGAGGUUGCUGGAAUAACAACAAGCAAGUGCAUUGAGUGGAUGGGAGGAGUCGGCUACACCAAAGAUUACCCUGUGGAGAAAUUCUUCCGAGACGCCAAGAUCGGUACAAUAUACGAAGGAACAUCCAACAUCCAGCUGAACACCAUUGCAAAGCACAUUGAUGCAGAAUACUGAUGCCUGUGGGAUCCGGCCCUCUCUGGUGUCAACGGCAUACCAUUUCCAACUGUUGUGCCUUACUAAGUGGAGCCUGCAGAGCAUUUCAGGGUUCUAUUUGAUGGCCCCUGUCCUGUUCUCAGACCUGGCUUUUGUUCCUUUCUCUUUCCAGUCUACUCUAAAACUAUUUUAAGCUUCUGUACACAUUUAUAUUUCUCAUCCUAGUUUCUGAGUAUACCCAAGUUUCACUGUACCGACAUCCGGGGAGAUGAAAACAUUUGAAGUAUUGGAAUUGCUGACAGAAAUAGUCACUUUAUAUUCCUACUAAAUCUUUGUACUGUGGUAUGAGCCAGAGGAACAUUUGUUACAGUGGGCAAUUUUAUUCAAUACUUUAUAGGAUUCAGUGGUAAGUUGCUAAACAAGAUAGAAACCGAUCAUUUAUUUGGGAAAUCAAGAACUCCUAGUUCUAAUAUCAAAGAAAUAGUAGAAAAUAAAGAUGUAACUUAUAGGCCAUAUAAUUGACAACAACAAAAGCCCAAAAUGUUAUUUUAACCAACAAACGCAGCAUGUUUGGCUGCUGUCACUGACCUGAAUGAAGGCUGCAGUACAUGAUGGCUUCAGCAGCACAGCUGAAAACAUGGCCCUGUGUUAGUUUUCAACUACGAAGUUUAAAUAAAGCUGGGCGGUGGUGGCACACGCCUUUAAUCCCAGCACUCAGGAGG